AUGGGAAAGAAGUCACCCGUUUACAGGGUCGACGUUGAUGCUUCGAUCGUCGCCGGUUCGGUUGCUAGGGGGGUUGGUGCAUUCGAUCCUCGGCCGCAACCGAGUCAUUCGCAGACGGCACCCGUAACGGUCAGGAGGCUGUCCGACAAAUCGAAGGAUAGUGGCUGGGAAGAGGCUGUUCCUUCCGCAUCCUCCUCGGAUCACAGUUUACGAUCGUCGGGAAGCUCAAAGGACACAACACUCACCACCCCGAUGAUGUCGAGGGGUAACACCUCUCCAUCCUACGGAAAUGCCGAUUUUGCCUCGAACAAUACCACGCCCAGGGCCGGCAAAUCGGGUCCAGUAGGUGUGCAACUGACGGACGAACCCGAGGAAACCGACAUGUCGUUCUCGGCAGCAGCUGCAUUGGCCGCCAAGUACGAGAACGAGAGCACGGAAAAGACAAACACAAACAGGGUCAUGACGCGUGCGCAGUAUGAGUUCCAGCAACAACAGGACGACCAGCGAAGGUUAUCCGGUAAGGCGGAUGAUGAAGACAGCGACGUGUCUGAUUAUGAAGAGGAGACGGACAUGGAGAAGAACAAGGAGAUUGCACGGCAACGGGCGCGGCAAGAGGCUCAUCUAUCGGUGUACCGGCAACAAAUGAUGAAGAUCUCGGGAUCGGAUCCGUCGGAUAUACCUUUCAUGAAUAGGGGAUCCAUGAGCACUUCGGCGUUGCCGCUGCACGGCGGAAUGGACCCCGGCUCGAGCGGGAAGAACUCUGAUGAGGAAGAGGACGAUGAGGUGCCAUUGGCCAUCCUUCUGGCCCACGGCUUCCCCUCCAAGAACCGGCCGCCUACGAGAUUGUCGAACGCCAGUUCCCAGCCCAAUCUAAGGGGCACAGCUCAGAGUCAACAGCAACUGCCAGUAUUCGCUAGACAUCUUCCACAAGACCCUUACAAUGUCGGCGCCAGCUUGGUCAAUCCGAUGAACCGGGUACCACUGUCCUUUCACGCUGGCAACGACAACAUGUCGAACGCUGGUGGAUCCAUGUAUGGUGGUAUGCCUCCAUCGCAGGCUCCGGGUCGCGGUCCAGGGGGUUUGGUGGGCGAAAUUGUGCGAGCAGAGGAACAGAAGGCAUUCAGAAGGGGCCUGGGCGGAGGCCACCAGUACUCGCAACAACAAACGCAGCAGCAUGAACCGGCCGAUCCUUUCAAGGUGAAUCCGUUUGACCGGCCAGCUUCUAGGGGCGGAGGUGGAUUGUUAGGAAACAUGCAACAACAUCAAGGUGGAAUGGGUCCCGGCAUGAUGGGAGGAAUGGGAGGUAUGGGAGGUAUGGGUAGCCCGGGCAUGAUGGGAGGAAUGAUGGCCGGCGGCAAUAUGGGUAGGGGCAUGCAGCAGGACCCCGCGCAAGCUCAGAUGGCAGCCAUGCAACAGCAAUACAUGCAAAUGCAGAUGCAGAUGCAGAUGCAGUUCAUGCAAAUGCAGAUGCAGGGUGGCCAGCAGCAGCCACUUGCUCCUCCUCCGAUGAUGGGACAGCAACAGCGGCCGGUAUCCAUGAUGAGCAUGCACACUCCGAUGGGCGGCAUGGGUGGUCUUGGCGUUCCCCAGAUGGGUAACCAGCGUGCCAUGAGCAUCAUGGACCCUCAUUUCCCUCAGAUGCAGCAGGGCACACGUUCGGCAUACGCACCCUCAAUUGCCCAAAGCCAACUCGGUAUGCCUCCGGCUCCCGGCGGUGGAUUUUACGGUGUCCAACCAGGAUAUACACCAUCCAUUGCGCCAUCCGAACGUAGCACCCUCGGACAGCCAUCCCGCUAUCGACCCGUUACUUAUCACCAGGGACCAGCCACUGUGGUCUCCGCACCCAUUUCCUCCGGCAGUGGAACCCAGGAUUGGAACCGAAAGACACCUGGUCCUUCAAACCUCAAGAAAUCAACUACUGAAUCCGACGAGGAUGAAGAUGGCGGAUGGGAAGAGCUGAACAAGAAGCGACAGGAGAAGGCUGACGGCUGGAAGAAGCGGAGAGAGACCGGUGGCCUGAAGGGCAUACUGAAUUUUGGGUCAUCAUCCAACAACUCCUCCUAA